UCUCCCCCCGGGGUUCCGGGAGGCACUGACCAGCCCCCCCCCCCUAAAAAACCCCACCCGGGGGCAGGGGGAGCGUCUCCCAGGCCCUGCCAAGCCGGGGGUCCGGCUCCGUGCGCAGGCCGGGCGGGGGCGGCUCCUCAGGGCUCCAGAGCGGGCCGGAGCCGGGCGGGGGCGGCCAUGAGCGGCUGGGCCCGCCCCCUUCUCCUCCUGCUGGCCGGGGCCUGCGGCCUCGCCCUGCUCGGCUACGGCCUCUACUUCGACCGGCAGCGGAGAAACGCCCCCGACUUCCAGCGGAAGCUGCGGCAGAAAAGAAGAAAAGAACGUGAGAAAGCUAAAGAGCAUGAUGUUGAGUUAUGCGAGAUGAAAAAUAUUGGAAGGGUACGGGAAUUCUUUCUGCAAGAGGUGCAGCUGGGAGAACACUGGUUAUCUAAAGGAGAACAUAAGAAGAGUGUGGAGCACCUCACUAAUGCUAUUUCAGUGUGUGCACAGCCACAUCAGCUACUGCAGAUUUUGCACAAUACACUACCACCACAAGUCUUUGAGAUGCUUAUGCAGAGAGUACCAUACACAAAACAACGACUUCAAGCAGCACUGAAUGAGCAGGACUGUGUGGAAGAUGAGACGGAAUGAGAGAUGGCAGCAAUGUUAAGGCAGAACUCUAGCCGUCUAGCCUAUAAACCCUUGUUUGGAAAGAAAAUACAUACAAAACUGAACAGUUCCCAUUUAUUGUACUUUGAUUAAAUAAAAACAUUUUGAAGACA